AUGGCCUGCAUCAACUACGAUAACGGAGCGGUUAGCUGCAAAAACCCCACAACUGCAGAAAAUCCCGCAUCGUCCAGUGAAUGCAUUGCGGUAACAGCCGAGAGAGCUUACUAUCGUUGCGAUCGCUUUUUCAUAAAAAGGAGUCUCAGACCGAGUGAAUUUCAAACUGGAUAUAAGGGACUUCACAUCCCCCGGCUAGGCAAGGAAAGACUCCGAAAUGAGGCAGAGUCGCUGCGGUUCAUCCGCCACUCCAGCAACAUACCUGUUCCGACCGUCUACGGCGCUUUCGAAGUCGAUGACGCUUUCUUUCUGAUAACGGAUUUUGUUGAUGGUGUGGCAAUGUCCCGACUAUCAGAGGAUGACAAGAAGAUUGUCAUGGAAGAACUCGAUCAGCAUCGAGCUACGCUGCAACAGAUGAGGUCUCAUAACAUUGGAGGACCUUCGGGUAUCUUGAUUCCUCCUUACCGGAUUAUGCGGCAUACGACGAACGAUAUGUGGCCAACAUGUCCAAGCGAAACGUCUGAAUACGUAUUCUGUCACAACGAUCUUUCCCAGCAGAACAUCAUUGUCGAUCCCCAUAGCCUGAAGAUCAACGCGAUCAUUGACUGGGAGUACGCAGGGUUUUUCCCGAAGUACUUCGAAUUCCCUUUCUACAAACGGCUAGGCCCUUCUAUCGCAGUUGACGGUGAACAAGAUGACGUGCCGAAAUUACUCCAAUUUCUAGCUGAGGGAGUGUAA